UCUGUGCGGUUAUUAUGACGUCGUAGGUCACAUGACACUGCCAACAUGGCGGAUGUAGCAUGUCCGUAUUGUAUUCAUACUACACACAUAUACUGAUCAAAAUGUACUGAAUCAAUAGAUGAGCAGUAGGUACUGAAUCAAAUACAGUAAGUACUGUCACUGCGCAUGAUUUUGGAUGCUUUGUUCACAGGGGUAUUGUCAUGCUGGAACAUGUUUGGGCCUCUUAGUUCAAGUGAAGGGAAAUUGUAACACUACAGCAUACAAAGACAUUCUGUACAGAUUUGUACUUCCAACUUUGUAGAACAGUUUGGGGAAGAACCACAUACGGGUGUGAUGGCCAGGUGUCCACAUACAUUUGGCCAGAUAGUGUAUAGCUCCAGUCCCAACAGAGCUGCUCAGUAUCUUUUUGUCAUGUAAUAUUGUGUCACUAUAAACCAAAUAUAACACCAGCGCUUAGGAAAAGCCUUACUGAAAGCAGUUUGAACAGACGACUGUGGAGAACUGCUCAUAGCAAUGGUGUCCACAUUUCCUAUUUCCUAGUGAGCAGAGGAAAUUCAGCGCCCCUUGCCGAUAAACAGGCCACACUACACCGCAUCUUCCGGGCCUCCGUGACGUCACCGCGUAGACGGCCAAUGGGGUUCCUCGAGUGAGGUUUGAAUUGAAGCGGCAAGAUGGCGACGUAGGCAAGAGAACCUUUUUUUGUGUAAAAGAAAACAGACAUUAUUCGGUUAAUUGCUGCAAGCAGUGGAGAAGAAAAUGGAUGAGAAGGAAACAUCAUCUCUGAGUAACUCUAAAGAGAUAAACAAGACCUAUAUAAUAUCCACCCUGACAAGCAGGUGUGAUGAGGUUCCCAGUGCUGGUCGCCUCACUCUUCAAAGAAGAAACAGCAAAAACACAGUGGGUAGUGUUCAGGAAACAUCUGAAAAUACAGAGAACCGAGAAAGUCAUGGGAAACGGUUAACUUUACAGAGAAGAACCAGAGCAGGAGCAGGGUCCACUGAUAAAGGUUCUCAUCCACACACAUCCACCAUGAACCAGAAACGACCGUGGACUAGUUCAAAGAUCCUGUCCGAGCCGAACAGCCGAGAGGGUUCAUCUGGUCUUCUGAGAUCUGCCAGUUUGAGAGAAAAUGGACUGAAAACCAGUGUGAAAGAUGCAACCAAGCCAGUCAACACACCUGGAAAGAGUGCUCAGAAAGUACAGAGCACGGGCAGAGAACAGAAAACUAUCUCAACUCCGACUGGGAAAACCCAGUUUGAGCGAAUAAGUCUGAAGAAGGAAGUUUUUGAAAAAUUAUCUCUAAAACAGACAGGUGUUGAAAGGCAAAAGCAGUCGAGCUCGGAUUUAAACGGAGGCGCGAUUCCAGGUCCAGUCAGUAAGAAGUUUCCGAUUAUCAGUCAAAACCGGACCGCGAUAUCUACUACGAGAAAGACCACAACUCAGCUUUCGACUGUUUUAAAACGCGAAGUCGAAGCCUCCUCCAUGUGA